AUGAACUACCUCCAUCACCCAUACGCCUUCACGGGCGUCCCCAUGGAUCAACCGGUUGCUUUCGACCCGACAAUGACACAUCCUGCUAUGAUGCACCCAAUGGACGGCUACCUCUACCCACAUCCACCGUUUGACAUGGUCGACUUCUAUCACCAGCCUAUCAUGGACUACGAUGAAUACGCAGAGAACCUCUCGCGUCCAAGGUUGACCAAGGAACAGGUGGAGACCUUGGAAGCUCAAUUUCAAGCCCACCCCAAGCCCAGCAGCAAUGUCAAGCGUCAAUUGGCCGCGCAAACGAACCUCAGCCUACCUCGCGUCGCGAACUGGUUCCAGAACCGUCGAGCAAAGGCGAAGCAGCAGAAGCGCCAGGAGGAGUUUGAGAGGAUGCAGAAAGCCAAGGCAGAGGCUGAAGAGGCUGCCCGGGGGAAGUCAGAUAACGCAGAGUCCUCAUCCGAGUCGAACCAAGAUUCCAAAACCUCGAACGAUGAGGCGCCCGAAGAUACCCCCAAGCCAACGACAGAAAAGCACAGUGAGCGGACAAAGACGACCUCGUCGUCUUCGCGGUCAAAGCAUCAGAAGACGAGGAGUGAGUCGGCUCGGGAGGCGACCUUUGCCUCGCUGCAAAGAGCGUUGAAUGCGGCUGUCGCGGCGCGGGAUCGGUACAGCCACGACGGGGACAACAGCCACCCGGCAAGCUUAGAAGGAUCGGUGUCGCCGACCACAACCUUUGCGGCCAACACUCGAUGCGGCAGUCAUGAUGAACAGCGAGCGGGCUCGAGUGACUUGAGUACACCUUACACACAGACAACGCUUCCCUGGGAGUCCUCUCAGACCUCUCUGGAGUACGUGACAGCAGGUGGUGAGUCGUUGGCUGUUCCUACCUUGGAAAAUCCGCACAGUAUGCAGUUCCACCCCGCUCACACGGAAGACUGGGCUGGUCAUAUGCAUUCGUCGGCCAAGCCAGUCCCGGGGUACCGAUCAGCUAGUGACGCGGAGGCUUCCUACAAUACAGUUCAAUAUCCCAUGCAUCAGGACCUGGAGCUCUCGAGACGGGCCUCAUCUGAUGAGCUUGCUGAUAGCUUUGAAGGUAUCGGGAUUAACCCCUCCCAAGGGCUGUCGCAUGUUGUCCACGAGGCCGACCGAGAUUCUUGGAAAGAGGCGGGCAAGGAGCUUGACCUGGCUGCUCGCAGAAAGCGCCCGAGGCCUGCUGCUAUUGGCACCUCCAGAUCAUCUUCUAUGCUUUCGAGCUCGUCGGCCCUGUCGCCCACGAGCAGACUUCCAGGUUAUGGUAGCAUCAGACACUCGAAGUCGGCGCAGGGACUCAACUCGCGUUACGCCGGAGUGAGAAAAGCGUCCGCCGCGCAACGAUCGCCCCUGAACCUGUCGACUUUUGCCGAAGCGGGAUCCCUCAACUCCAAAUCGUCGAUGCUGCAACCCACCGCAACCACGGGCGGAUUGGCACCCCCCACACCGCUGACUCCGGAGGAUUUGCAUCACCUGCUUCCCAACACCCCAAGUGACGGGGGCUAUUGCCUGUCGGCACAACCCACCAGUGGACUGUUUCCCACGACUCAACCGAUGCAAAUCAACAUAGCCUCUCCUCCGGCGACACCAUUGGCAGUUGACAUGCUUUCCGGGUAUCCCUUUCAGGGGGUGGUUCCGCCAAUGUCCGCCCCGGCUCACUACAACUCUUUCCCCGACUACGCAUCAUGUGAAGCUUCGAUGACAGGGAGGAGUUGGCCCGAUGCCACUUCCAUGUCGUCCCCGGAAGCUUCCUUCCAAAGUCCCUGUCAGGUCACAUCGCAGCCGGACAUGGCUCCGAUGUCGUAUGACCACAGUGGUGAACAUGUUCCCGUGACGGGUUCCCCAUCUCUGGUGUACACGACCGCCGAUGUGGAUAUGCCCAUGUCAGCUGCCUUGGGUGGUGAUUCGAAGCCUACCGAAUUCAUCUAUGAAUUCCCCGAGCAGCAGGAGGCCCAACGAUUCGGUGCACAACAGCUUCCUUCGCAGAAGCCCGAAGCGUACACAUUCAACAACAAAACUCCGAAUGACUUCUGA